AAGGUCUAUCUAACUAGGGCCGGGUCACUGUGAAUGCAUGAGGAGAGAUACCCUUUGUUUGACGAAAUACAAAAGAUAUCAGGGCUAUUUUGCCAGGGAUAAGGUGCAAGAGGAUAUAUUUGCGAUGUUCGUUUCAAAACACGACACAGUUCAAUACCCCAUUCAUAUAUGUUCUGCUAAGUCUGGUGGCGGUAUGGCCUUAUUGUGCAGGGGAACUACUUUGUCCCAAGAUAACGGAACUUGACUCCCCUGUCAAACUGACGUGUAUUCAAGCCUUCCACACAGGUGCACAUUCCUACUCAACUCCAAUUGGAACCACUGCAGCGUCUUGUGAUUUGGCAGAAAACAAAUGCAUAACACUUGGUGACUUUACAGCAACGGUCCUGAACAAGUCAUCCAGUGUCCUCGUUAUACAGCGCCUUCUCCCGACUCAUGCUGGAUCCUGGACAUGUGUUGUUGAUGCCGAUACCACUAGUCCAGACACGUGUCAUCUAACUGUUGAAAAAAGUCCGGCUUGUCGAAUAAUGAGCAAACAGAGCACGAGGACAGUGAGAGUGGGCGAGGAAUUAUCACUGACCAUCAUCUUAACAGGGUACUACUGUUCUGAAGCAGCCCACGUCCAGGUGAAGACGGGUGGAAUAACAAGCGCUCUUCUGAAUGAAACUGUUACCGCACUGACGGACAGCACUGUAAACAUAACAUUAAACAUCACGACAUCCCACUUUGGAGACGUGGGCCUUGUGUUUUCGUGUGGCAGCAACAGUCAGGUGGUGUCCUGUGAAGGCGCACAGGCACUUGUCCAGAGUAUCCCUCGAAUCUCAACAACAGAAACUGACGUCACAAACACAAGCACGACGGAGAAAGGAUCAACUGAAGAAGAUUAUUUAACUCUCAUCAGCGUGGUGAUUUUCCCCAUUGCUAUCACUGUCUUCAUUGCCACCGUAGUCGUUCUGGUGAGGAGACGAUGGCACAACCACGCAACCCAGCCUACAAUGGUUGACGUCCACUACGUGCAUGAAGCAGACCCUGCGGUAUCCAGUGGAAGCCAAGAACGCGAUGCGGGCACUACGUGGUACAAAGAUGCACCUCUUGCCUCAGAGGAAGACACUAGCAGUGAGACACUGUGAAAAAUCGAAUACCCAUUUUAGGGGAUUGCCGAGCUGACUGUAACAUAAUUCAGCGACCCUUGCUUGCCUCCACCCGUGAAGAUGUGGGUUAGAACUGGUCUUCAGCAACCCAUGCUUCUCUCUACCUGUGA